UUUUUAAGCAACUAAGCCGCGGUCACACUGGCGGAGAGCCGGAGCUUAUCAAACAAAAAGAAUUCGAGUUUACUUUUUACCGCUAACUACGAUUUAUUAAGAGCUCGCAGGCAGCAUGGAGCAAAUGGAAGUGGAUGUGGACAUGUCGGCCAAGCCGAGCACCUCGUCCUCGUCCGGCGGUGCCAGCAAAUCACAGGAUCUCACUCCGGACCAACAGGCGCAGCCCCAGGGAAACAUAAUGGCUGCGGCGGGCAUAAGUGGCUCGGUUACCAUUUCGCUGCAUCCGCUGGUCAUAAUGAAUAUAUCGGAGCACUGGACACGAUUCCGGGCGCAGCACGGUGAGCCGCGUCAGGUGUACGGAGCCCUAAUUGGCAAGCAGAAGGGUCGCAACAUUGAGAUCAUGAACUCAUUUGAACUCAAGACGGACGUCAUAGGGGAUGAAACGGUGAUCAACAAGGAUUACUACAACAAGAAGGAGCAACAGUACAAGCAGGUAUUCAGCGAUCUCGACUUCAUAGGCUGGUACACAACGGGCGAGAAUCCCACGGCUGAUGACAUUAAGAUCCAGAAACAAAUAGCCGCCAUCAACGAGUGUCCCAUUAUGUUGCAGCUCAAUCCGCUCUCCCGCAGCGUGGACCAUCUCCCCUUGAAGCUCUUUGAGUCCCUGAUCGAUCUGGUGGACGGUGAGGCCACCAUGCUGUUCGUGCCCCUCACCUACACACUGGCCACCGAGGAGGCGGAGCGCAUUGGCGUGGACCAUGUGGCGCGCAUGACCUCGAAUGAGUCCGGUGAGAAGAGCGUGGUGGCCGAGCAUCUGGUGGCCCAGGACAGUGCCAUCAAGAUGCUCAAUACUCGCAUCAAGAUCGUGCUGCAGUACAUUCGCGAUGUGGAGGCCGGCAAGCUGCGGGCCAACCAGGAGAUUCUGCGCGAGGCCUACGCCUUGUGCCACCGUCUGCCCGUUAUGCAGGUGCCCGCCUUCCAGGAGGAGUUCUACACGCAGUGCAACGAUGUGGGCCUGAUCAGCUACCUGGGCACGCUGACCAAGGGCUGCAACGACAUGCACCACUUUGUGAAUAAGUUUAACAUGCUAUACGACCGCCAGGGAUCCUCACGCCGUAUGCGAGGCCUCUACUAUUGAUAUGCAACCCCCCAUUAAAGCCUCUGAGAUAAAUGUA